AUGGAGGAUCCCUGCAGCAAGAAGCGGACCGGAGAGGGAACACAGUCCAAGCUCUGCGCCAGGGGACACUGGAGACCGGCCGAAGACGCCAAGCUAAGGGUGCUGGUCUCCCUCCACGGCCCUCAGAACUGGAACCUGAUAGCAGAGAAGCUAGAGGGGAGAUCGGGUACAGCCGGCUAUUAUUUCUGCUCACCAUAUGCAACCAUGCCGAUAAAACGCAGUAUAAUCGUGACCCGUAUCUGAUUUUAUUCUCUGAGAAGGGAAGAGCUGCAGGCUGCGGUGGUUCAACCAGCUCGACCCUCGGAUAAACAGGAGGGCCUUCACGGAGGAGGAGGAGGAGAAGUUGAUGGCUGCCCACCGGGCCUAUGGUAACAAGUGGGCCCUAAUAGCGAGGCUCUUCCCCGGGCGGACCGACAACGCUGUGAAGAACCACUGGCAUGUGAUCAUGUCGCGCAAGUACAGGGAGCAGUCCCUCGCCUACCGGAGGAGGAAGCUCUCUCAGGCCGUUCACCGGAGGAACCUCAGCGAAGAACGGCAGACCCCUCCUCCCAUAUCCCCCUUCUCCCUCCGCGGAGAGAAGACCCCUCUUGAUUUUCUUCCCGGUGACAACUCUCUCUCUCUCUCUCUUUCCCCCCCUCUCCCUCUCGCUCGCUCGCUCGCUCGCUCCGGUCUCACAGAACAAAUGGUGGUCAGAGGACGAUCAGUGUCCAGUGGAGGGGUAGUUUUCACUAUUUAG